AUGUCGGAGACCCUCAUCCUUACGUUCCAGUCCCAGCUCUCUGGUGUCAUGGAAACCAUUCUUAAAUCAGCCAUGUAUGAGAUCACGAGGCUGGUGGAAACUAGUUUUCUGGAGGAAGUUGGACGAGGAAAAAAAGAAAUCGAGAUCUUGAGGCGGCAGCUGCAGUUGUCCGAGAGCAAAUUUAGGGAGAGGGAGAGGGAGAGAGAGAAAGAGCGAGAGCGAGAGCGAGAGAGAGAAAGAGAGAAAGGAAAGGUGGUGAGGUGUGCGGAUUGUGGAAGUACCAGAGUCCCAAACGAGAGGACAGAGCAUCAGGAGCGGGCAUCAGGAACACCAGCUGAAAUUGAGACGUUUCUUGUUCCAAAGCUGGAGGAGACGCCUGAUGGAGGAUGGAGGACUUGUGAAAGAGAAACCAUAACAACAGCGCAUGAGUCACCCACAUCUAGUCCUGACAGGGAACUGAAGCCUGCAGAGAUGGAGAUUCCCAAAGGGUUGGUGAAGGAGGAAAUUGUGGAGAGUGAAGACGCAGAGGACGCCUAUCCUACCGAGCAAGGGGAGUCGCUCAACCACGGUGUGGGAGAGUGUUCUGAGUAUUACCCUGGAGAACCAGAGCACCAGCAGAGGCUGAAGGUCCUGACUGAGGGACCUGGUGGAGUGGAUGAGAUCAUACAGAGGACCCCACCGAGAAGACAGACACCAGUGGAUUCCAAAUCAGACUGUUUCUCACCAUCCUCUCUCUCCAAGCCCGAUAAAGCUGAUGUUUCUCAGCCCGGUGAGUCUCUGAUGGUGAAUCCGCCAUCCAGGUGCCUGAACUCCUUGGCUGUUAAGCAGGAGGUGGAGGAGGUACCCCCGCAGUGGAAGAACCCAGAGGUGGGAAUAGACAUGGAGCCCAGUCGCGGCGGCUUCAGGAGGGCGAGGGUGGAAGUUCAGGGCGGGGAUCUCGCCGACAGGCCUCCUCACGCCGAGGAGCAGGUGGCUUUGGCCGUGUCCAGAGUAAAAACGCACAUCUUUCCCUCGCAAGCCGUUCCGCAGCUCAGAGCGCCCGCCCGAAAAAACGCCAAGGUCCUCGGGUACCCGAGCGCGACGGCUUCGCACCCAGGCGCCGCCGACACGCCCCCCAGGGUGUCCUCCGCGUACAAGAGCCCCUCGCUGCCGAAACCAGCUCAGACUCACCAGCACCCGCCGAGAAUCUACGCGGCCGAGAGGCGGAUCGGCGCCCUGCACCCUCAGAUGAUGGGUUUUAAGACGCCUCUGGGGCAUCACAUAGCGAAAACGUCCCACAGCUGCGGUCAGUGCGGGAAAGGUUUCUCUCACCUCUGUCAUCUCAGGGCCCAUCAGCAGACACACACGGGGGAGAGACCAUUCUGCUGCUCCCUGUGCGGUCGAAGCUUCACCAAACUGAGCAACCUCAAAGCGCACCGGAGGGUCCACACCGGAGAGAGACCAUACAUAUGCACGGACUGUGGGAAGAGGUUCACUCAAAAAUGUAACCUGAAAAGACAUCAGAGAAUUCACUCUGCUCCUCUUUGA